AGUUUGCUACACAAACCGGCGUCAAGCCCCCAACCGGAAACAGGAAGUUUCGACCACGAUACAGGGAUGCGAAUGGAAAGCCACACACCACCGGCAAGAGUUGAUGAAUUAUCGUGAUUACCAUCGUCUCUAAAUUGAAUCGAGUAUGCUCUUUAGCGAGCCCUUCAUGCGGAGGAGGUGAGCCUGGUUGGCCACAGGGAUAUGGUAAUGUAUAGUAACUAGCGCUGGACACAGACAGCACUGGACACAACAACAACAAGGAACAGCAGAUUUGCCUGUGAUGAGUUGCGAAGGCACUGGUUUGGGGGCCCCGGGCCCACUUGCAGGGUAUUGGGAAAAAAUCCAGGAGCGCUCAGCCUCGUUGGAGACCUGUCCGUGGUGUGCUGCUAAAGGGCAGACUCGGGCUCUUCGUUCCUAUAGGAUCAGCAUCCAGGAGGUCAUCACCCUCUGCACUGACCCACAGUGCCUGUUUCCCCUGGUCUCCCAGCCUUUGGAAGAUGUCCUGGCCAGCCUCAUACCCCCUCUAUCCCAAACACAGACGGGGAGGAAGAGGAAGAGUCCCAGUGGGUUGGAAAACGGAGACUCUGUAUCUUCCCCCAAAAGCGCACGAUCGGAGGAGGCCGUGUCACAGAAUGAGAGUCGCCCAGUCGUCAGGAUCACCAGCUCCAAACUCAAUGAGGAAGACUGCUUUCAUAAGACGAAGCACACAACACCAGUACAGAAGGAGAGAAUCGGCCUAUCAGAACCCACAGACAUGGAGCUGGUGGAUAAAACCCUCAACUAUCCACUUCCUGAGAGGGGAGGGGCCAAUGGAUACCACAAGGAUUCUGAUUGGCCGAUACCAGAGGAAAUGGACCAAAAAGUCCUAGAUGAGGGAGAAGAUGGUGUCUUUCUCCCAGCGAAGGGUACACCUACUUUAGACAAGGGGUUGCCUCUCCCAGAGAAGACUGUACCUACGUCACAACUUGCACUGUCUUUUGUAGACGCUGAGCCUGUACCAAAGGAGGUUAUCUGUCCCUUAGACGAGGCUGUUUCUGCCCCAGAGAAGAUUUUACCUCCCGUACACUUGGCUGUUUCUGCCCCAGAGAAGAAUGUGGCUGCUCCAGUUUUGGCUCCACGGGUAACUGUCCCUAAUUUACAGGACACCGUCCGUCUCCUAGAGGCUCUGAUUGACCCAGGGGAGGCUGUCUCUCUGCUAGAGGAGGCUCAACCUGUCCCAGGGGAGGCUGUCUCUCUGCUAGAGGAGGCUCCACCUGUCCCAGGGGAGGCUGUCUCUCUGCUAGAGGAGGCUCUGAUUGCCCCAGGGGAGGCUGUCUCUCUGCUAGAGGAGGCCCUACCUGUCCCAGGGGAGGCUGUUUCUCUGCUAGAGGAGGCUCUACCUGUCCCAGGGGAGGCUGUCUCUCUGCUAGAGGAGGCUCUGAUUGCCCCAGGGGAGGCUGUCUCUCUGCUAGAGGAGGCCCUAAAAGUCCCAGGGGAGGCUGUUUCUCUGCUAGAGGAGGCUCUACCUGUCCCAGGGGAGGCUGUCUCUCUGCUAGAGGAGGCUCUGAUUGCCCCAGGGGAGGCUGUCUCUCUGCUAGAGGAGGCUCUACCUGUCCCAGGGGAGGCUGUCUCUCUGCUAGAGGAGGCUCUGAUUGCCCCAGGGGAGGCUGUCUCUCUGCUAGAGGAGGCCCUAAAAGUCCCAGGGGAGGCUGUUUCUCUGCUAGAGGAGGCUCUGAUUGCCCCAGGGGAGGCUGUCUCUCUGCUAGAGGAGGCUCUACCUGUCCCAGGGGAGUCUGUCUCUGCCAUGGAGAAAGAUGCGGGGGGAAAUGAGCCUGUUCCUACCGUGGAGGCUGUCCUGGUCUUGCAGGAGGCUCUAACUGUCUUAGAAGAGGCUCCACCUGGCAUGAAGGAGGGGCUAAGUGUUUUACAGAAAGAGGAGGAGGAAGAAUUGGUUCUAAUCGCCUUGGAGAAGGAGGAAGAAGUUGCUGCACUUGUGGCCUUGGAGGCUGUGUCUAUACCUGCCAUGAUUGAGGUUAUCCCUGCUUUAGAGAAAGAUGAGGAGGAUCUGCCUGUCUUUGACGAGGAAGAGAAGAUACAGGAUGAAGAGCGCCCCCCGCAGGGGGUCUGUAGACCCUGCAGUGUGGACCUCAGUCAGAGCAAAGUGCACGAUGGUGUGGAAGAUGACGGUCCUAUCAGAGCUGGAAGAAGAGCUCACAACGCCCAACAACUAAGCGACGAGGACGAGGAACAGGAAGUAAGCGUCAAAGAGGAAGUGGAAGUCCUGACACCGCCGUCGAAAAAGAAAAGGGGCCGGCCAAGAAAGAUGAUUAAAUACACGCAGGAAGUGUUGCCCGACUUCGACCCGGGACUGAUCUCGACGGGGGAGUUGGUCCCAGUUCCCGGACCUCACCUGUUCUGGAAGAAUGAGCACGGUCUGGGUUGGCUGGACACCUUGCUGGUGGCGCUGGUCCACUGUCGCACCCUGAGGGACAGACGACCCAUCAAGAGGCCCGCUGUGGGUCAACCGGUCUGGGAUCUGUGUGAGAGGUACGACCGAGCCUGUAGUCUCAGCACAGCCUACCAACACACUGGCGCAGAUGGUGUCGUCCGAGUGCCCUCCGCCGUGGCACAGAGGGUCCAGACCGAGAUGCAGGCCAUCAGGAUGGCCAUCUUUAAACUGCUGGAGCCUCUGCUGAAAUGUAAACUGGGUCAGAAUGAGAGGCUGGUUUUCGUCCUGCCGCUCCUCCUCGGGGCUGACUCCUGGGCCGAACGUCUCUUCCAGCAUGAGUAUGACUGGCAGUUUCAGUGUAACUCAUCAACUUGCCAGCACGCCACCAAAACCAAAUGUAACAAGACCCUCACCACUUUCACCAAGGUGGUUUCUGAUUGGCACCCUCUUAAUGCUGGCAACCAAUCACGUUGCAGCAAGUGUAAUAAGAUGAAGCAAGCCAGGAUGUUGGUGCUGGAGAGGCUGUCUCCUGUGUUUGUGCUACACUUUGCGGAAGGUCUCCCUGACAACGACCUCAGCGCGUACUCCUUCACCUUCCAGCAGCAGAGAUACUCCAUCACCACAGUCCUGCAGUACGACCAGCCGCUCAACCACCUGGUCAGCUGGAUACGCAUCCCUGACGGAUCAUGGUUAGAGUUCGACGACCUGAAGCAUCCUGACUGUGUCUCGCACACCCAGCUGGCUGUCCCGCCUAGAGAGAUCCAUGUUGUCUUCUGGGAGUUGGAGACAGACCGACCGGACGACCCACAGACACCCUGCUCUUCUCCUCCCGAAAACCUGACGAGCACUUCCCUGAUACAGAAAGAACCUCACCUGGCCAAGAUCUCUGUCGUUAAUGAAUCUCUAGACCUUUCUCAGCCGGUCUCUGCCGACGUUGACAUGGACGCCACCAUAACGGCUGACUACAUAGAUAACAAUAUGGACACCACAUUAAGGAGUAACUCUCCCAUCAUCGUCGGUUCCACCUCCAUGCUGGCUGAUGUACCGUUCCAGUCCUGGUCUCACGACCUCUCUUCUCACGACCUCUCUUCUCUCCCCCUCCCUCUCAAUGACACGGCCGUUGUCGAGGCGCUGACGGUGUCUGACAACGCCGAUAAUGACGACAUGGACACCACGGUAACAGCCGGUGACCCGUCCAUCGGUUCUGCCACGCUGCUCGACACCUUCGAAGGCCUCUCCCACGAUGACGUCGUCACCCUGACGCUCGUAGAGGUCAAAAUGGACUCCGAGAGCAGGCCGUUGGACGACGGCACCCCGGCUCCCAAACAAAAUGGAAGAGACGUCUGCUUUCUCUCGGCUCCUAGAUCCGAGACCCCCCCACUUGCCCAUGAAAUACCCACUGAAUCUGAAACGCACUCUGAAACAGACGAUGAAGACCUCACUGAAAGGCCAACGUCUCCCGAUACGGCCAGUGAGUUUCUCCCUGACAGCAGUGACGUUCCGUCAGAGACCGACUCUGAAGGACUCACUCCUAGUCCUCCCAGGAUCAGGAGAAGCAGCAAUAGACCUAAAAAGGCGUCCAUCGCUCCAGUUGCUGCUGCAGCUAAGGUGGUCACAACAACAACAACAACAACGGCACUUUCUGGAAGCUGUGGUGAAAUAAUCAUGCCCUCCGUUGUGUCUAUGAUGUCACCAUCAUAUGUGGAUCCCAGCCCCACAGCACCAGAGUUCCCUCCCUCUCCCCUGGCCCACCCCAAAACCCCCAACUCUCCGCAGAGCAUGCCUGGUCUCCCUCCCCCACCCCACCCCAAAACCCCCAACUCUCCGCAGAGCAUGCCUGGUCUCCCUCCCCCACCCCACCCCAAAACCCCCAACUCUCCGCAGAGCACGCCUGGUCUCCCUCCGCCACCGCACCCCAACUCCCACUGGUCGUACCUGCUCAGCCGCCACCCCACCGCCACCCCCACUCCCCCCGGCACCCAGUUACAACCCAGUCAGUUGAACCACUCAACACCCAACCGGUUCCAGCAGCUUUCACAGAGCCGACAGACCCCCAAGAUGGCUCCCCCCAACCCAGACACCAGGCUGAAGAAGCCUCCUCCUCUCCCCAAAGCCAGACUCAGUAAGGAGGACAACGAGGCCCUGCCGGUGAAGGCUGCCGAGAUGUACGGAGGGUUCCAGGCCAGGAGCAGGAACGUAAAUACAAACAUAAACAAUGUCUCUUCCAAGACUUCACCUCCAACCCAGCUCCUCUCUCAAAGAAUUGACCCUCAAAAUGGCAUCUGGAAGACACCAAGUCAGCCUGGCGCCUUCGCCUCGCGAAAACCCCCUAUCGACAACACUGCUGCAGCAUAUCCUAUCAUGACCUCACUUCCUUCUUCUCCGGGAGUCAUGGAGCUCCAUAAAAACUCUUCCUCCAGGAAUCAAGGCCCCGGUGGCCAGGUCUCGAAGGUUCCGGCCGGCCUCAGUGAGACAGAAGCCCUCAGGUACAAGCUGCUGAAGAAGCUGAAAGCCAAGAAGAAGAAACUGGAGAAGCUGAAUCAGAAGUUGGGUUUCCAGGCGGCUGCAGUAGGACAGGAAGUGACCCACGGAUCAGACUGCGCCGACCUUCGCUCCCCCUCUACUGUUAGCUCCAGUACCUCCGCCUACGACAGCCCCGCCUACGAUGAGUUCUUCGCCGACCUUCUGUCGCCCGCGACGACUGCCAGCAAUCUAUCACCGGACAGCACGGGCUUCCUGGAUAUGCUCACCACCAAUGGGCAAGAAGGGGGAGGGAACUUGGCGUGUGGGGGGAAUGCGAUUGGUGGAGCCUCACAGGUGAUGACCCCUGCGACCUUACAACCGGCCAAUCACGGUGUAGUAAUGCCACUGCCUGGUCUAGAUGGGGCCAUCAUGACCUCUGGUGAGAACUUCCUUGAGGAGUUCAUAUCGGGGUCGGCCAAUCAGCAGAUGGAGACGGAAGCACUCAGUGCUUUCGACCUGUUCUUUUAGGCUUCGUUAACCACAGGUCUAGGAUCUGCUAUCUGCUUACCAAACCCCUGAGCUUAAACAUCGAAAGCUUAGCUCAGAUCAGUGGCGACCUCUCGGAUGUCUCCCUGGUCAGUAUUACAGUAUCCUGUUCAACGAAAAAUAUUCUCAUGUCUAAUUCGUUGACUAGGUCACUAUAUAGGAAGUAGAGUUGCCAGUGUAGACGUGGACAGUUGCUAGGAGAAACGACAUGCUACUACACCUUUCAGUCGCGUGCGUGCGUGCGUUCUGUUAUUUGGUAGCAUGUGUCACACAAAGUGGAAUCUUAACAGCAAGUCAUUUAAAAUAAACACUCCCAUAUCAUUCAUGUGUUUACUUGUUUCCAAAAGAAUGUUGUGAAGUUGAAUAGUGGUUUAACGUUGAUACUCAUUGAAGCUUUGUCCUAAAUGCCACCUUAUUCCCUAUGUACUAUAUUUUGACCAGGUCCUAUAAGGUCCUCAAGUCAAAAAAAAAAAAAAAUAAUAGACAGAUUGAGGCUUUUAAACGAAUGUGAAAUAUAGAGCUUGUUUCAGAGUAUUCUGUACGGUUCUGUAAGGUUCUGUACGGUUCUGUAAGGUUCUGUACGGUUCUCUAAGGUUCUGUACGGUUAAUAGGCGAGUGAUCUGAUCCUGCUUCGGAAUGUUCUGGAGAAAUCAUGAUACUGUUUUGCUUUAGUUUGCCUUUUUAUUUACAUUUUGUCUGAAUUUAUUUAAAAUCCUGAACUAGGAUAUAAAAGCCUGACAACUAAGGAUAAAAAGCUGGGUUCGUGUUUUAGUGGUGGUUGGAACUCUGAUCUUGUCCAUCGAUUUUGUUUUUGAGUGUAAUUUUUGUAAUACAAAAAGUGACUGUUGUAAAAUGUUGUACAGGAUUGGAUGCUGUAUAUAAUUCUAAUAAAAUCAAAUGUUUUCUUUAAACGGA